GCCGUUGGCGCUCUGGAGCCGAAUGCUGUCCGUCUUAGGAAAUUGGGAAAAGUCGAAUCCUAAGCUCGAAGUUGGGGAACUUGGCGGGAGCGCAGAACAAGGUGUAGAAGAUGUAGUGCAAGACAAUCAUGCUAUAGACGAAAACGAAGUUGGAGAUUAUGAAGUCCAACAAGUUGUAGAAGAACGAGAUGAACAAGUAGGCUGUAAUAAGUCGGAC